ACUAAAAGAUAAACUAAAUCUAUAGGGGAGGAAAUCUUUUAUUUGUAUUUUGUAUUGUCCUACUUAAUGAAGGUGUUUGACCUCACCGGGCCGCAUGGUGUCGGGAUCAACUCCUGGUGCCUCGGCCUCAGGUUCAGAUGUGGAACAUCAGCGCCCUCUGCUGGCGAGUUGUCCAACAGCGGUCUGUGAAGUAGGACCGACAUACACAGUGGGGCUGUGAACACAACACAACAAACUCGCACGCUCUUUGGUGUAGAGUACACCAAUGGUGUUAAAGUAGUUUGACAUCAUUUAACAAAUGUAUACGUUGAUCUGAAAGUUUAAAGACUAAUCGUAUACUAGGCUACAAUUAGCCCUACUAUGAUACAACUACACGGCACUCGUAUUGCCACACAGUACAGUAGAGAUGACGUCAAAUAACCACUUGUAAUCAAUCGCCUUCGCCAACGAUGCAGUAGGUCUGUCGCUCACGAGUCUUCGCGGACCAAAGGGUCACAUGUUGCGACCCACUGCCAGUUCAGUAGGAAAAGUUGCAGAAGCGGCCGCCACCGUCUGAUGUCCGCCACUAGGGGGCGUUGACCCGCACAACAAACACCAGCGAACAGCCGCCGCCACACAAAGACAAUGCUCACCCCACACACACAAAAAGCAGUCUGAUCUCAUAUGAUCCCAAACUUCCCGUGGUAUUGACUUCGCUCCUCACUGGAAGCACGCUGGAUUGUAACUGGAAAACAUUACACAGCCUAAACAUAAGAACAAUAUCAACCAAGGGAGACGGACCCACCGUAACGUUAGUGUGUACAGGAGGACGUAACUAUUGGACAAGAGGCGUGCAAGCUUCCACUGAGGCUUUUUAAACCUGGCACUGUGCGCACAGAGGCGAUCCCCGGGAUUUCUGACAGUUGAGGAACAGUUUGAGAGUGCUGCCAUGUUUGCACCACCACCACCACCACCUGCUUGACUCCUACCCUGGGGCAAGAUGGACUGACGACCGAGACCGCGGUCCACUCCUUGAGCUUUCGUCGGUGCACCCAGGAGGAGUCGUGUUGGAUAAGUGUCGGUGGGACGGUGCGCCCGAACAACAACCAGCACCAUGGUGGCUAACGGUCCGACCAGCGGCAGAUGCCCGUGGCUGCGUCUCUUCUCCCCGUUCCAGAGCAGCCGGGAGCGCGUGGUGCUGACCCGCAGCGAGAGCAUGCACGGUGAAAGUGUGUUGAAGAUCACCGUCACCGAGACCACGGUGAUCGAGGCGGAGUCCGGCGUCUGGAACCUGCGCUCCAUGUCAUACCUGGUGCUGUGGUUCUUCUUCAGCUUCUGCACGCUCUUUCUCAACAAGUAUAUUCUGUCGCUUCUGGAGGGAGAGCCGAGCAUGCUGGGUGCUGUCCAGAUGCUGUCCACCACCAUCAUCGGGUGCCUCAAAAUGUUUGUCCCCUGCUGCCUCUACAAGCACAAGACCCGCACCGAGUAUCCGUCCAACUUCGUCAUGACCAUGCUGUUUGUUGGCCUGAUGAGGUUCACCACGGUGGUGCUGGGCCUGGUCAGCCUGAAGAACGUGGCCGUGUCUUUCGCCGAGACGGUGAAGAGCUCAGCGCCCAUCUUCACGGUCAUCAUGUCCCGCCUCAUCCUGGGGGAGUACACAGGAUUGUGGGUAAAUCUCUCCCUGUUCCCCAUCAUGGCCGGCCUGGCACUGUGCACGGCCUCAGAGCUCAGCUUCAACAUGCUGGGCUUCUCCGCAGCCCUCUCCACCAACAUCAUGGACUGUUUACAGAAUGUUUUCUCCAAAAAGCUGCUCAGUGGAGACACCUACAAAUUCAGCCCACCAGAGCUGCAGUUCUACACCAGCGCAGCAGCUGUCAUCAUGCUCAUUCCUGCCUGGGUUUUCCUGCUGGACAUUCCAGUGAUUGGGCAGAAUGGGCGGAGCUUGGUCUGGAGUCAGGACGUGGUGCUGCUGCUGCUGUUUGACGGAGUGCUGUUCCACCUGCAGAGCGUCAGCGCCUACGCCCUGAUGGGCCGUAUCUCCCCCGUCACCUUCAGCGUGGCGAGCACGGUGAAGCACGCCCUGUCCGUGUGGCUCAGCAUCAUCGUGUUCAGCAACCACAUCACGCUGCUGGGUGCGGCCGGCUCGGUGCUGGUGCUGCUGGGCGUGCUGCUCUACAACCGGGCCCGCCAGGCCCAGAGGAGGGCUCUGAGGGCCAUGGCCGGCCGGCAGCAGGACCCCCAGUACCACUACGACCACAGCCACAGGCCCUCCAGGGGAGAACCGCCGGCCCCGGGCCAGCAGGCCUCCAAGGACUUCAAGGCCUCCCAGUCGUAGCCUGGGAGACCUGAAGCCCCCGGACCAGCCCGCCUCCAAGGAAUUCAAGGACUCCCAGUCGUAGCCUGAGAUACCUGCCCCCCCCAGGGUCAGCUUGCCUCCAAGGAAUUCAAGGACUUCAAGGCCUCCCAGUCGUAGCCUGGGACGGAGGUUAGGAUGCCAAGUGGGUGGGGAGGGGGAGGCGAUCCAGGACUCACUUUUGGCCACCUCCUUGUCUCUCUGACUCUUUGCACUCUCUUGCUCUGUCCCCAUUUCACACUAAAGGAGAGUUGGGUUCUCACUUCACACGCAUUCCACCAGUUCAACUGAAAUAUCCCCCAAAAAAUGGAAAUUUGGAAGGCUGAGUGGCAGCAAGGGAGCUGGUUAGCGGAAGUGUGGUAACCUAGCAACCACUAAGUUGUCCAUUUCGAUUGUUAUUCCUAAAACAAUUGUUGUAAACAAUUGUUGCUGAUUGAACAGUACAGGUACCUGCUGUGUCACGUGACUCUUUUUGCACUAUAUAUUGAACAAACAAGCUUUUUCCCUCAAGUCCACUGUUAAAAACAAAGUCAUAGAUCUUCUUGACGUGUAUAUGCGAUUGCAUAUUUGGGAUCCCCAGUUGAUUAUAUGUGGUCAUUUUAAGUUUGAUGUUUAAUUUUGUAUUAUUUUAUGGUUUAGGUUUGCGAGAGCUUAUGUGUUUGUGCAUGGCUUUAGUGUCGUGACCGUUGCUUCCAGACAGGAGCUCGACCCGGUUGUCUUAUAGCGGUCUGGCCCCGUAUCCCGGGGCGGAUCGGAGAGGUCCGUGCAAUGAUCGUUCAGCUGUACCCGACGCGAUCUGCGUCGUUUCAGGGAGCCUCAGAUAUGAAAGCACUCAGGAUAACUUUCCUUUUGUAAUCUUUUGAGCACGCAGUCUUUUUAGUUGGGGGGGGGGGGAGUAGCGAUGUCGCGGUGAAGCCUUAACUUCGUUUCCGAAGAUCGACGCGAGAAACUGGAGCUUCUGAAGACUGCUCCGUUUUAGUCCCAUAGUCGGGAUUCUCGCCCGUGCUCAGCUUUUCUACAGGGAUGUUUUCUAAGUAGCCGUCGGUUUCCUCUUUUCCCUUCCGUCGAUACAUUCCAGACGUACUUGUUAAAAUGAUCGUAAUUUCGCCCAGAGGUGGGCCCGCAGAAAAAAAAGAAGUCAUUUUCUACAUCCAUUAAGCACGUUUCCCCGGCAACGAAGGAAUCUGUGACAUUCUGAGUUUGUGGCGAGAUUUCAGUUUGUGUUUAAUGCUUUACCAAUACCAAUUUUUUCUUUUCUUGAAAUACGAGUCCCACUUUUUUGUCCUGUGUCUAUACCACUAGUUGGAAUGAAUUACAUUCCUACAUUGAAUGAGGAUGAGGCAUUGAUUGAAUUCGUUGAAUCUAAUAUAAUGAGAUGUAGCAAUAAGGCGUGAUGUCUUGCUACCCAGUGGAUACUGUACAUUCAUAUGGAAAUAAUUUGUUUUGGAAUUUUACAUUUGAACAAUGUUAAGUGAAUAUAAUACCUUAUUGAACAGGAGGCAUGUCUUGGACCAAUACUUUUUAUUAAAGAUAUUUUUUAUGGGACAUGUGCUAACAUUUUUUUAAAACCGUUUUAAAACCUUUAAAAGAUCAGAUAUGUGAUUUGCUUUCUAUAAUGCUAACAUUAAAUUACAAAUUGUACCAUAUCCAAAGCAACAGGUGUGGCCAUGGACCAUCAGAGCACAGAACCAAUAUUGGAGUGACUAAAAAGGAGGCGUGGCACUAGCCGUUCUGUAAACAUAACUGAAGAGUGUAGAGCAGCUGCAGGUAUCGCAACGGCAUGGAGGGUGAAACAGCGCUCCCUGCUGGUGUCAUGGGGGAAAUGCAUUGUUACACCGAUAAGAGAUAAGCUCACAGGUAAAAUUACAAGCGCUUCUAAGUUCAACACACAACGUAAAUUAGGUUAAAAGUGUAAACGCUAUAUACACGUCUUAUAAAUACAUAAUUGGAUGCAUGUAUAUAUCAUUAAAAAAUACAGAUUAGGAAAAAUAGCAAUCACAAAAAUAAAGGCUGCUAUGUUUGGCCAACAACAAUCUUGAUGUUACAAAUUAAUGCUACAAACGAAUGGGAGCGAAAAAAACCUCUC